UGUCCGCCCGCCCUCGGCUCCGCCGCCUCCGAGAUGCUGUCCCGGACUCGCUGCGUGUCCCGGGCGUUCAGCCGCUCGCUCGCCGCCUUCCAGAAGGGGAACUGCCCUCUGGGGAGACAUUCCCUGCCUGGGGUCUCCUUAUGUCAGGGACCAAGUUACCCUGACAGCAGGAAGAUUGUCAUUGACAGUAGUAGCAUCUUCAGUGUUCGAUGCUUUAGAACUACAGCUAUGUGCAAGGAUGAUGUGAUUACAGUCAGUACCCCAGCAUUUGCGGAAUCUGUCACAGAGGGAGACGUCAGGUGGGAGAAAGCUGUUGGGGACACAGUUGCAGAAGAUGAAGUGGUUUGUGAAAUUGAAACAGAUAAGACGUCUGUGCAGGUUCCAUCACCAGCACAUGGUGUGAUUGAAGCUCUUUUGGUCCCUGAUGGAGGAAAAGUUGAAGGAGGCACCCCUCUCUUCACACUCAGGAAAACUGGUGCUGCUCCCACUAAGGCCAAGCCAGCUGAAGCUCCUCCUGCAGCCCCAAAAGUAGAGCCUGCAGUGUCAGCAGUUCCCCCUCCCUCUGCUGCCUCCAUACCUACUCAGAUCCCCCCUGUGCCCUCCCCCUCUCAGCCUCCUGCUAGCAAACCAGUCUCUGCAGUUAAACCCACAGCCGCACCUCCCCUAGCUGAUCCAGGAGCUGGCAGGGGUCUGCGUUCAGAACAUCGGGAAAAAAUGAACAGGAUGCGGCAGCGAAUUGCUCAGCGUCUGAAGGAGGCCCAGAAUACGUGUGCCAUGCUGACCACUUUCAAUGAGAUUGACAUGAGUAACAUCCAGGAAAUGAGAGCUCGGCACAAGGACGCUUUCCUAAAAAAACAUAACCUCAAACUGGGCUUCAUGUCUGCGUUUGUGAAGGCCUCGGCCUUUGCCUUGCAGGAGCAGCCGGUUGUAAAUGCAGUGAUUGAUGAUGCAACCAAAGAGAUCGUGUAUCGGGACUACAUUGACAUCAGUGUUGCGGUGGCCACUCCUCAGGGUCUGGUGGUUCCUGUCAUCAGGAAUGUGGAAACUAUGAAUUAUGCAGAUAUUGAACGAACCAUCAGUGAACUGGGAGAAAAGGCCCGAAAGAAUGAACUUGCUAUUGAAGAUAUGGAUGGUGGUACCUUCACUAUUAGCAACGGGGGCGUGUUUGGCUCGCUCUUCGGAACACCCAUCAUCAACCCUCCUCAGUCUGCCAUCCUUGGCAUGCACGCCAUUUUUGACAGGCCAGUGGCUGUGGGUGGCAAGGUGGAGGUGCGGCCUAUGAUGUUCGUGGCACUGACCUACGACCACCGGCUCAUUGAUGGCAGAGAGGCUGUGACUUUCCUCCGAAAAAUCAAGGCAGCAGUAGAGGAUCCCAGAGUCCUCCUCCUGGACAUUUAGGAGGAGGCCACACGCCCUACGAAUCAAUCGUGCAGGAACUGAAAGCCAGACUUCUCCCUGUCCCCCACGGGUCCCAGGCAGGCACCUCCUAUUGGCCGCAGGCAAGGAAGCCAGGGCACUGUGUAACCAGCAUCACAGAUCUUUUGUUAUCGCAGCCAGACUCUCACACCCUUCUCUUGCCUUCAGAUACCUUCUCGCUUAGGCUUGAGAGAGAACUGUAGCGGAUGCUCAUUAAUAUUCUCGCUUUUCUUUUGUUAGCCCUCCGCAAAGAUGAUUUUGCCUCUCCCCACUACCAUGUACCAUAGUGAAACCACUGGGGACCAUG